AGCGUCAAAGUCAUCGAAAGCGAAAUUUACCGGAACACAGCGUGGUGCAUGUUCGCGACCAUCAGCUGCUGACUAUAUAUUUCGAGCUUGCUUCCCGCGAUCAACGAGGGAUGGUCCGUUUCAAGAAUCGCUGGCUUUUAAUCGAAUUCCUUCCCGUUCAUGGCCAAAACAGUCUCGAAGUAGACCUUACCAAGGCCUCUUCAUCAUCAUCCCAAAACCAAACUCGCAUCGAGGGAAAACACAUUUGGGGAGCUAUUAAACAGAGUGCCAUUUCGAACUUUGGAGAUAUUGGUUGGGGAAGUGUAGCGUUAUCUCUAAAUGUCAAAUACUUCUCCCCCACAACCCACAUCUGCAUCGUACGCGUCGCUCGGGAUCACCACAAGAUCGCAUGGGGAGCAGUUACCUUGCUCAAGUCAAUUGAAGGAGUCAAAGUCUUACCGAACGUGAUUCAUGUCAGUGGAACGAUAAAACACGCUCAGCUAGCCGCGAUUGAACAUAAUAGGAUAGUCAUCGCGAGGUAUCGAGCACAGGCGGGUAUACCAGCUGCUUAUCACGAGGAGUAUCUCAGGACGAGCGAGGACGAUAUUAACACUUUACGGGAUUGAAAGCAUUCCACACCACGCGUACGAUAGGCACGACUCAAAGUUUCCACGUACACACCCCUCGUACACCUCGAAUAGAUACUUUUAUUCCUUUUGACUUCUUCGUACACAUUAGGAAGGAAAAGCCGUAAUAACUGAGAAUAUACA